GCCAUCGGGCUGGGCCUGAUGCCCAGUGUCCACAGACACCCGCUGGUCAUGAAGAAGGUGAACCCGGGUCGGUUUACCUGAGGAACCGAGGUUGUACCAUGAGGGCUGAUAUAGACCGAGUAUGUAUUUUAGCGCAAUGUAUUAACACGGCACAGCGCCUGUACCAUAUCACAUCAACCCACCGAGAGCCGCCCUGCCGGAUCGAUACCAUGUGUGAUUCCAUCUGCUUGACCUCAUCACUGCGACUCCCCCAACAACGCCCUCCUCUCACCCGCUCCCCCUCCCUCCGGCUCCUUCAUAAACCCCACAAACCCCCACAGCCACACCGCCCCCGUGAACGCCAUCGUCCACUCCAGCACCCCGCUGACCCUCCAAUACUCCAUCUGCAUCAGCGUGUAAAACGCCACUCCCAUCCCCGCAUCCAGAAACACUAUGAUCGCACUCGUGGCGCAACCACUCCCGUUAGCAGACGCGGUAGAACAGGACAGCGGGGACUUACUACACCCUCAGUGGCCCAGGUUCCCAUGCCCGUUCCCACCACACCACCGUCGUUAAUACCAUGCUGCCCGCCAGGCCGACGAAGCAGACGAGUAGCAGCGCCGCGUGCUCGGAGUGGAAGCGGAAGGUGUCUAGCACCGCCAGCAAAAUCAGUCCUAUCCCUGCGACCACAGCGCUGCACAUCGCCACCACAGAGGCAGUCCGUUUCCACGCUGCGUCGUCGGCGAAGCCGUACAUGCGGCGAUCGUACCGCGCGGUGUGCACUGCCAGGAUAGUCAAAGAGUAGGAAAAGGACGUUGUGAUGCUGCCGAUCAGAAAGAGAGGUUUGAGCUGGAACGCUGCGAUGUCACUAAUAAACCUGCCAUACCCGGAUAUCAGCACCGACCCACUAUUUUCUAGCAAGCUGUUGCGUUCACGUAUGCAGUCCCCGUGGACGGGAGAAGUGGUGAUGGAGUGAGGCGCACGCUAUGUACGGAUUCUUCUGCCCAGGGUACC